AUGUCAAGCGUUAUGUCCCCGGCGACCGCGCUCACCAGGAGCAAUUUGACUCAGAGACAAAGAUAUGAACGGCGAGGCCACACAAAGAGCCGGCGUGGGUGCUACAACUGCAAGAGACGGCGCAUCAAGUGUCAAGAAACACGCCCGGCUUGCGCGCAUUGUACAAAGACGGGGUUGAAGUGCGAAUAUCCAGCAGUUCCACAAGUCAUACACCAACCACAGAAUCAAGUCCCGCUAUUCAGUCUACAAGAUAUGCGAUUCUUCCAGCAUUUCUUGCAGACGUGCUUCCCGCAUCAACCUAUAGGGAACGAAACCAUAUGGACUCAUGAGAUUCCAUGUUUAUCGCAGAAUUACGAGUAUCUCAUGCACGCGAUAUUGGGCCUCGCGGCGUCGGAUCUCAUGUCGCAAGAUCCUAGUCUAGUCACCUUCGCCAUGUCGCACCGGCUGAAGGCGAUCAGAGCGAUUAAGAAGACGCUGAGCGAAGUCCCGAAAUCGAAUACUUUUGAAGAAGGAAACGCUCUUAUAGCAACCUGCUUCGCACUAACCUUCCAAUCCGUAAUCCUCGAGGACGGCAUGGCCGAAUUCAUGACCUUCUGCCGCGGGAUCAUCCUAGUCUCGAUCCAGAUGUGGACGCGCAACACCAAGUUCCUCUUCCGCAACCUGCACGACAACGAGUCCGCCGCGCUCCUGCGCCCCUUCAUGGAAGCACUAGCCCCCAUCCGCCGGGACUGGGUCGACAUGGCCGUCUCCAGCAUCCGGGGCUUGGAACCCUUAUGCGAGCGGCACGAGGUAGAAACCGAGUACUGCCGCCUCCUCCUGGAUAUGGCCUCGGCCCUAAGCGACUCCGCCUUCCGCGCCUACGAGCUCCUGUGCAAGCACUACGGGUGGUGGAUCCAGCUGCCGCACGCGCAGUUCCAGCGGCUCGUCGACCCGGAGAACCAGACGUGCACGCUGCUAGCCGCGCACUGGAUCGCGAUCAAGCAGAUCAUGGCUCCGGUCACCGAGACCGAGCACCGGCUACGCGCACGCGAGCCGCGGCACCAAAAUCACGACCAGGAAGGAAACAGCAGCAGCAGCAGCAAGAACAACGGCAGCAUGAACCUAGGCAUGGUCCGCUGGCUCAAGUACCUCAACCGCCAGGUCGACGCCGAACACCGGCGCCACAACGACUGGCCCGCGUGGGUCGAGGAGCAGCUCGACAGGGACCCGACCUUCUUCGGAAAGACGCUGCCUUGA